AUGUCCACCGACGAUCUGAGCACCCACCUGGCCGACUCCGGCAUCACCAUGCGGUCCGACAGCGAGCAGUACUCUCCGGGCGACGAGGUCUCAUCACCCUCGUCAUCGAACUCGCCCGUUAUUCUCUACAAGCCCCCAACAGCAUGGAGUCUGAUACGGAGCGCCGCCAUCAACCUGGUUCUGCCAUUUAUCAACGGCAUGAUGCUGGGAUUUGGAGAGCUGUUUGCUCAUGAGGCAGCAUUCCGGUUUUCCCUCUUUCUCGAAGACGAGCCCACCCCAUUGGCCCAGGCAUCGAAGUCCGUGAACGACGAGAGCGACCUGGGCCUUCACUAA